AUGGUUGAGAGAUGGCAUCAAGAGACCAGCAGCUUCCAUCUGCCUGUUGGGGAGAUGACCAUCACACUGGAUGAUGUUGCUUGUCUCCUAGACAUCCCCGUCGCUGGACGGAUCAUUCAGGAGGAGGAUUUAGAUCAUAACCAUGUUGUAGAUCUGCUGUUGUUGGGGGAGUAUUUAUCAGAGGAGGAGGAGCAGGAGGUGAGUCGUAUUAGGCCCGCCUGUGUCAAGGCGUUCUUGUUGCUCUUGGUUGGCUACACCCUUUUUGCCAACAAGAACAGCAAAACCAUUAGUCUGCUGUGGAUGCUUGCGAUUCGGGAUUUGGGUAACAUAGGCACGUGGUCAUGGGGCGCGAUGGGACUUGCUUUCUUGUAUGAGCAGUUGAAUCUUACCUUAGACUCAAGUGUUGCUCAGUUGGUGGGAUGGGUUAUAACUCACUUCAGACAUGUGGUUCCGAGGAAGAAAUUUGAAGAGUAUGAACGACAUAACCCGUAUGGGCUUGCUGGAUUCGAUGGAGCAUUGUCACGUCACCUGGAGGCCGUACAAGCACCGACAAGACGUGAUGCUUUUUCAGGACGUGUGCUGGUACUCCAGAUGGAUCAUGUCGACAGACAAAGCAUGGUGUGUCACUUGCUGGAGCGGGUGCUGAGGCAGUACGAACAUGUUCAGAGGGUUCCUCGACCUCCUACUAGGGUUAUGCCUCUUGCCACAGUAGAUGUGGCUGCUGCCUUCUUGAAGUUUGCUCUGCAUGUCGUUUCCCAGCAGCAGUGGGGUCGCCAGGUCCCGGAGGACGAGCCUUGGAAGCAUUUAGAGACUUAUAUUAGGUGGUUCUACCGUGUAUCCCAUCCUCUCAUCGUCAACCAUGCUCCAGAGCCUGACAUUGUCAUGCCGAGGCCUGUCUACCAGGAUAUUCUUGUUGACCAGGAGUGGGCUAGACAUCCUCCCGACCCUUUGCAGGUCAUCAACAACAUGAGAGGCAGAGUGGAGCAUGCGAUGCAGAUUCCAGAGGUGGUUUUUAAUCCACUCUUCUUCAACAUCUUAGAGGGCCUCCAGACCGAUUAUAGCGUGUUUGACGAUCAACAAGUUCCGAGGAGGAGGUCUAGGAGUCAUAGUCUGCAGGAGCAACAACAGUAG